CCAGUUGUAUUUUCUGAAAUGAACCAGGUUCUUACAUAAUGCGAGACGGAGCUUAGGUUAUGCACAUUUCAGAACCAGCGAUUUGACAGCAUUUGAAAAAGAUGUACGGUUUCUUCGAAUGUUCUGACUGUGGUCUGGAAUGGGAAAGUGCGAAGGUGUAUUUCAAAGAUAUGGGGAACAAUGUGUAUUACGGACAGGAGUGUAAGGAUUGUGGUGACAUGACCCAGCCGUACCGUGUUGAGGAGACCACGUGCUCUCGGUGCGGGAAGGGGGCCAAGACGUGUGAUUGCGACAAGACCCGCCACUCGGACCCACACAAGCCACACAGGAGCGACCUCUGUGAGAAAUGCAGGUCUGGUGACCCCUGCAUGUAGCAUCCCAGUGAAUAGUGCGGAGAGAUUCGGUGACCCUUGCUGGAACCUACCACCUUCAGUGAACCCUGACUUAUCGUACACAAUAUUUAUAUGAAAAUCUAAAAACAAUACUUGAAUAAAAUGUUUCAGAAAAUUAUUUAUUUCGGACAUAAAAUGAUUAAUUGAUUAUAAUGAUAAUAAAAAGAUAACAAUGUAUUAA